AUGUACUCCAAAUUCUGGCCCAUGGGCGGCCUCCCAGGGAUCUUGCACCAUUAUACCGAGACCCUCACCACAUUCGAGUUCACCUCCAAUACCACUCGCAAACCCCACAGUCUCGUCUUCAUCGGAGGUCUAGGAGAUGGUCUCGGCACAACCUCCUACAUGGCCGAUAUUGCCCGUGCUCUCGAGCCUACAGAGUGGUCCCUCUUCACACUGAACCUAUCCUCAUCGUACCAAUCAUGGGGCCUCGGGCACCUCGAUCGAGAUACCGACGAAAUAGCGACCUGCUUGAGAUAUGUGAAGGAGUACAAGACCAGCAAGUACGGCAACGGGAAUGGGAAGAUCGUGCUCAUCGGUCAUUCGACGGGGAGUCAGCAGGUAUUGCACUACCUAUACCGACCGAACCCGCACACGAGUACCCCGGUAUUUGAUCCAGAUUUGAAGCAUGAGGAGCGUUUGCCGCUGGAUGGAGCGAUCAUGCAAGCACCGGUGUCCGAUAGGCAAGCGAUGCAUUGGGUAUUGAAGUACGGAUGUGAAUGGUUGGGGAAAUCUCCAGCUGAUUGUCAAGCGGUGUAUGACAAACUCCUCACCAUGGCAAGGGAGUUCGAACGUGGUGAUCAGUCAUGCGAGUCGUUGCUGCCGUUGUCGUUGACAUGUCAAAUUGGGUAUGGUAAUACCCCCCUCAGCGCCCGUCGCUUCCUAAGCCUCGUGAGCCCCGACUCUCCUCACUGCCCCCGCCCAGACGACCUCUUCUCCUCCGACCUCCCCGACACCCACCUGCAACAAACAUUCGGACUCAUUCACUCCCACCAGCUCCUCAAUUACAAACUCAUGGUCAUGGUAUCCGGCGCGGAUCAAGCUGUCCCGGGGUGGGUCGAUAAGGAGAAGUUGAUGUUGAGGUGGAAGGAUGCAACGGAUGCCGGGGGAGAGGGUAGGGAGGUUUGGGAUACGGAGUGGAGUGGGAUUAUACAGGGGGCUUCGCAUGCGUUGAGUAAUGAUGAUCAGGCGGAGCCGAGGAGGGAUUUGGUUAGGAGGGUCGUGGGGUACUUGAACGCAGUCGAGCGUGCCCAGGCGUGA